AAGCUAAGUAUCACAAACACAAACACAAAGACCAAUCCCAUCCCAAUUUUUAUAAAACCCAUACUUCAUCUUCAUUUCAACUCCCAAACAUGGCUAGCCAAAACCGAGAGUUGCAUGUAUUCUUGUUCCCUUUCAUGGCUCAUGGCCACAUGAUACCAGUCUCAGACAUGGCCAAGCUAUUGGCAGCUCAAGGAGUGGAGACAACCAUAAUCACAACCCCUCUAAACGCCCCAACAUUCUCUAAAGCCACCCGAUCAAGAAAAACCAACUCCGGCAGCUGCGGCAUCGAAAUCAAAAUCAAAACCAUCAAGUUCCCUUCUCAAGAGGCUGGGCUGCCAGAAGGGUGUGAGAAUCCGGACUCACUUCCCACACCAGAAUUAGCCAGUAAUUUCUUCAAAGCAGUGGGCUUGCUCCAAGCACCACUCGAACAGCUUCUGCUUGAAGACCAGCCAACCUGCCUUGUGGCGGACAUGUUUUUUCCUUGGGCAACUGAUGCCGCUGCAAAAUUUGGCAUUCCAAGGCUGGUAUUUCAUGGGACUAGUUUCUUUGCUUUGGCUGCAUCAGAUUGUGUGAGGCGAUAUGAGCCUUUCAAGAACACUUCAUCUGAUUCAGAACCCUUUGUGAUUCCUAAUCUUCCUGGGGAGAUCAAGAUGACAAGAGCCCAGCUGCCUGAUUUUAUUAAGGACAAUAAUGAAAAUGACUUGACCCGGUUGCUGAAACAGUCCAAGGAAGCUGAAGUGAGGAGCUACGGGAUUGUUGUCAACAGUUUCUACGAGCUUGAAACAGUUUAUGCAGAUUAUUACAGAAAGGUGUUGGGAAAGAAGGCAUGGCAUAUUGGUCCCCUUUCUCUGUGCAACAGGGACAAUGAAGAAAAAGCAUACAGGGGAAAGGAAGCAUCCAUUGAUGAGCAUGAAUGUUUGAAGUGGCUUGAUUCAAAGAAACCCAAUUCAGUGGUUUAUGUUUGCUUUGGGAGUGUGGCCAAAUUCAAUAAUUCUCAACUGAAGGACAUAGCACUUGGGCUUGAGGCUUCUGGGCUAGAAUUCAUUUGGGUUGUGAGGAAAGGCAAAGAUGAUGAUGAUGUGGGCAAAGAGGAUUGGUUGCCUGAAGGGUUUGAAGAGAGGAUGGAAGGAAAAGGGCUAAUCAUAAGAGGGUGGGCUCCACAAGUCCUGAUUCUUGAUCAUGGUGCUGUUGGGGGUUUUGUGACUCAUUGUGGGUGGAAUUCCACAUUGGAAGGAAUUGCUGCUGGGCUGCCUAUGGUGACAUGGCCAGUGUCUGCAGAGCAAUUUUACAAUGAGAAGUUGGUGACCCAAGUGCUGAAAAUUGGAGUUGGUGUUGGUGCUCAGAAGUGGGUUAGGGUUUUGGGAGACAGUGUGAGGAAGGAAGCUAUUGAGAAAGCUGUGACUCAGAUUAUGGUUGGUGAAGAAGCAGAGGAAAUGAGAAACAGAGCCAGGGUACUGGCAGAGCAGGCAAGGAGGACUAUUGCAAAAGGAGGAUCAUCGCAUUCUGAUUUGAACGUUUUAAUUGAAGAGUUGAGUUCCCAAAGUUAAAUUGGUACCAGAUAUUCAAAUAAGACUUCACUUUAUAAAUGUAUAUUGUGAAAAUACUUGAUGAAUACUUAGAAUCAUACAGUCUUAGCUAGAACAUUUAUUCAUAAAAGAAUGAUGCAUUUUGAAGAUUGGUUUCUCUGUUCCAUUAUUUUUCAUAGUUUUGACUAAAAGUUGUUUGUUUUUUUAUUUUGAA